GCCUGGUCCUCAGCUGAUGUCAAGCGGGAUUGCACACUGACUUUUAAUUGUGCCAUCUAGCUCUUAUAAAACCCAGCACUUUUCACCAAUAGAUCUUAAAGUGCUUUACAAAGAAGCUCAGUAUAAUUUUGCCUAUUUUACAGAUGGGGAAACUAAGCCACAGGGAGGUGAAGUGAUUUGCCCAAAGUCACCCAGCAGGCCAGUGACAGAGCCAGGAAAAGAACCCAGCUCACCUGAGUCCCCUCCUGGUGGUCUGUCUACUAGAACAUGCUGCCUACCAGUUGAGGAUUUGACCUGUGGCAUCUGUUGGCUUCAUGCAUCUCAGACACAAAGAAAAAAACCUAUUUUCAGUAAAUAACUAGAAUGGAAGUCACUCUGAACUCUGCACUUCAGUCUUCCUUCAGCUGUGGAGUUUACAUCCAUCACGGAGGUAUUUUCUUCCAACAGAAGCAAAUUGAAAGUAGCCAUACACUAUGGGGUUUCCUGAAAUGAUGCUGAGUGAAGAUUUUGACAACUACUCCUAUUUCUAUGAGUACGAGGAAGAUGAACCACCCCAGUCCUACCUCAGUAUUGCACACAUCAUCUCUCUUUCCUUAUGCAGCAUGGCAUUUCUCCUGGGGGUGCCAGGAAAUGCCAUAGUCAUCUGGUUUAUGGGGUUUAAAUGGGAUAAAUCAGUCAGUACUCUCUGGUUCCUCAACCUGGCUAUUGCAGACUUCAUCUUUGUUCUUUUCCUGCCUCUCUACAUUACGUAUGUGGCCAUGGGCUUCCAUUGGCCCUUUGGGAAAUGGCUCUGCAAGACUAACUCCUUCAUUGCUUUACUGAAUAUGUUUGCCAGUGUCUUCUUCCUGACUGUCAUCAGUCUUGACCGCUAUAUCCGCCUGGUGCACCCAGUCUUUUCCAACAAAUAUCGGACCCUAAGGAACACCCUCAUUCUGAGUGUGAUUAUUUGGAUCUCAGCUGCUAUUAUUGGUGCCCCUGCCUUACACUUCAGAGACACAAUUACAGUUCACAACUCCACCAUUUGCUAUAACAACUUCCAUCCGCAUGACAAAGAACUCAUUCUGAUGAGGCAUAAUAUUUUCAUUUGGGUGAGGCUUGUUUGUGGCUAUCUCUUUCCCCUAGUGACCAUGGUCCUUUGUUACUCAUUUCUGGUUCUGAAGGUGAAGAAGAGAACCAUGCUGACCUCCAGCAGGCUUUUCUGGACCAUCCUUGCGGUAGUUGUAGCUUUUUUUGUUUGCUGGACCCCCUAUCACAUAUUUACCGUUCUGGAACUAUCUGCUCACCAUAAUGAACACUUCCAUGACUUGCUUCUCAGCGGCAUUCCCCUCUCUACUGGCCUGGCUUUCAUCAACAGCUGCCUCAAUCCAAUCCUCUAUGUUCUGAUUAGCAAGAAGUUCCAAACCCGUGUCAGGGCGACAGUUUCUGAGGCACUAAAACUUGCAGUCUGGGAGGUCAGCCGGUCUGCGACAGUCAGUGAACAACUGCGAAACUCUGACAACAGCCAUCUGGCUGUGCAGUAUUGUGAAACCACACAGUGACCAGCUCUUAAAAAUCUCCCUCACUGCAUAUAACCAGCAGUAGAUUCACAAUCAAACAGAUGUGUAUCUUAGCUAUGAAAAAGAACAGGGGGUUGAUUGCAAUCAAUUUAAUGCUGCACCCCAUUUUAGCUGAAAAAAAAUUUUUUUUUUAUAGGAUGCAGAAUUUGGAUAGGAUGCUAGUUUGAUGCAUAAAGGGCCUGAGACAAAGCCCACUGCAAUCAAUGGGAUUUGGAACAGAUAGAGGAACAUUCCCACUAUUAAUCCUGUUGUGUAAAUUCCAGAAGAGGUGUUUAAAGUGACACCUUCUCAACAUAACCAUAUAUAACAAAAAUAUUUCUCUGUUGAAUUAUGUAACACCUUAGAUCCAGGAGUUCUCAGCCUGGAGCUCACUCGCAGCUGUCGGGGGUCAUGAUCACACCAUGCUUCCAAUAGUGCUAAAUAAGGGGAACUCCUGGUUAGAUCCCAGGUAGCUGGAAGGGGGAGGAGGCCCAGUCUGAGUAGGAAAGGGGUCCCAAAUAUGGAAAAGGUUGAACAAGUGCUGUAGAUUAUUACAACAAAAAUCAAUUAAGUCCUCUGUUUAGUGGUUGGUGUUUGCUUGCACACUGCUACAACCAGAUACCAUGGUCUGAUACAUUGUGGCUUUCUAGUCAGUUUCAUUUCCUGGUUGUCCAUGUUUUUGAUGUCUUACAGCGAAGAGGGGAUGUUUUAAAUUUUUUCCCCUCUCCUGGAAACAUAAAGAAAUAAUAUUUGUUUCUAAUUAUAGUAGAGAUUGGAUGACCCCUGCCUCCCUCUACUAUCACACUAGGGUUGCCAACUUUCUACUCACAUAAAACUGAACAACCUUGCCCCACCCUGCCCACUGCGCCAUCCCUUCUCUGAGGCCCUGCCCCUGCUCACUCCAUUUCCCCUCCCCGCCACUCGCUCUCCCCACCCUCUCUCACUCACUCAUUUUCACCAGGCUGACUCGGGUUUGGGGUGUAAGAGGGGGCAAGGGCUCCGGCAGGGGUGCAAUGGGGACAUGCCUUUGAUUCUGGGAGUUGCGCGGCGCCGUGGCAGGCACGGAGCCUGCCUUAGCCCCAUCGGCUGUGCCACUGACUGGACUUUUAAUGGCCUGGUCAGCACUGCUGACUGGAGCUGCCAGGAUCCCUUUUCAACCGGGCGUUGUGGUUGAAAACCAGACACUUAGCCACCCUAUACCACCCCCCUCACAAGUAAAGUCAAAAGAUAAAAUAAUUAACAUUCUAAAACCCACUGUCCAUUAUUACGCCUUUCCAAUGAUGGAUAAAAUGUAUAAACGAUAUUUUUACAUGAUUUUUCAGUGGAAUGUAAGAAAGGACAGAAUUUGAUGUCCCUUGGAGCAAGGUCUGCUCACACAGGUAAGGAUUUGCAAAUGUCCCUAGCCUCUGUUUGCCAGAGGCUGGGAAUGGGCAACAGGGGAUGGAUCACUUGAUGAUUACCUGUUCUGUUCAUUCCUUCUGGGGCACCCGACAUUGGCCACUGUCGGAAGACAGAAUACUGGGCUAGAUGGACCUUUUUCUGACCCAGAAUCGCAGUUCUUAUGUUCAGAUGCCAAGUAAGGGCAGAAUUUGAUAAAAUUAUUUUAUUUAUUGCUUGCUAUAGAAUUAUAUAUGUAUCCAUAUAUACACAGACACUAAAUAGACUAAUAUUCGUCCUUGAUAUAACCCUGUUGAAUUUAGGGGAGUUAAUGCUGGGAUGAAUUUGGCCCUGAGUUUCCUAUUAGCUCAUGUAUACCCAGUAAAGAUAUAUUUUCAGCCAGCUUGAAUACAUGCAUGUACAAAACUAUACAUACAUUCUUGCCUCAGUGUGUAAGAUUAGGGCUGUAACAUGGUUAUAACACCGUAUGGUCUUGUCCACACAAGUAAAGUUUACAGUGUAGAUGGGGCCCUAUAUAUAGAUUCAUACAUAAUGUUCUUUUACACAAAAUAUUCUAUCACUUUGAACUAUAUUUGCACAAAUAUGAAUAGAUCAAUAUUGCCUGCAGCCACAUUUUGGUCUGAGUUCAUGAGGCCUCAUGAGCUGAUCAGUGUUAGGCUGGAUCAGUAUCAUCUCAGAAAUACACCUAAAUGCUACAAAAUCUGAUGUUGCUAAUUGGUUAGGUACCACUCUUUCCUGAGUCAUUAUAGAACUAGUGCCUCAGCAAGGUGUUAUGGGCUUAGCAAAGAAGUCAGUAAAUAAUUUAAUUUUUUUUUUAAAGCUGUGGAAUAUUCAAGAGAUCCAUGCUUAGUAUUGUUGGACUAUCACAAUGGCUUAUUAGGAACAGCAGUUCAGUGACCCAUGGGACAGAAGGACUUUACCAACAUGUAGCAAGCUUCUUGAGCUAAUGACAACCCUAAAAUAGUUAUAAGAGAGGUACAGAUUUGAAGACAAAGCACAAGAAUGUCAGUUACUGCCAUUGGAUGGGGAUAAAAAGAACCCGCAACCAGCCCAAAUAAUUAAUUCACACCAAGGCAAAUGUAUCAUAACUACUGCAUGAGCCACUUCUACAGGAGGAACAGAAGAUAUCUAAACAAAACCAAGGAGGACACUGGCUCUCUGAGGACAGUGAGAUUGAUGGUAACGGAGUCUGUAUGCUGAUCGAAAUGACAGAUGCUUACUCAAGUCACGGACUACGGAAAAAUAGCAGGAGCAGCAAAUGCCCGGUGCAGAUGGUAGAGCCAUCUCAGCAGCUAUACUGGCCACUGCAGGAUGAACUGUCCUAAGAAGGGAAAGAAGGGCUGUUUGAUUGGAAAGCCAGCCUGAGAUGUAAGGAUAAUGACUAUUGACAGAUGUCUGGAUAAGAAGUAGAACAGUCCUCUCAUCUGAUCAGCUGCUCUGACAUUCCUAAGCAGUCUGAGGUUUAGUACUUGGAUUAGUUUGUGGCUGUUUCUUUUGCUGAUAUUAUACUUGAUUUUUCAAUAAAGGGAAGCUGUACAGUAACCACUGGA